AUGGUCACGGUACUCAUUUCUCUCUUGCUGUGGGGGCAAAAGAAUGGAGAUCCUACCAACCUGGAUGGGAAGGAUUAUGUGAUGAAGGACUGCUGGGUGCCUGAGGCAAAGAGGUAUCAUGAAGUGGAUGUCCUCGAGCAUGUCAAAGGCAUUCCUAAUGUCAUUCAACUUGUGGAUCAUUGGGAUGUCAUGUACGAUGGGGAGCCUGACUGCACAGCACAGAUUUGUAAUUACUACCAGCAGUUCGACCUGGAGGAUAGGGGUGAUCCCAGAAAGGAGCUGAUCUGUGCUUUUCAUAACUUUGUCAUUGCUCAUAGACUCAUGGUCGAAUGUGAAAUUCUACAUGGGGACCUCAGCCCAAACAAUUUCAUCAUCUAUAAGAGUAUCGGGUACUUCAUCGAUUUCGAUCAUACCAGAUUUAUAGAGAAAGGCAAGGCUUCUACAAUUCAUUUGGCACUGGGACCAUCCCAUACAUCUCUAUGUGCCAGUGGUUUGCUUACCACCUUCUUGUCUAAGAAGGCGGCCAUACUUGAAGGCGACUUUUUGAUGGACAGAGUCUCCAAAUAUUUUUCAGAAUUCAAACCUCUAGUUGAUGAAUGGCUUGGUUGA